AGAGGUUAGAUUUGUUUAGUGAAACUGGUAAGAGAAGCGAUAUCAGGGCAAGUAAAGUAAGGCAUGCUGUAAAAAUUCAUCAAAAAUUUGAGUCAAGGAUGACUGGAAAAUCUACAAUGCAGUUUUUUUUGUACGGAAGAAUGGGUAGUUCACUUCCCAGUAGAUUACAGCAUGCAACCAAUAGUGAAGCACUGAAAUAUCAGUAUGAACUAGGAAGCUGCCGCGUGGGCUGGGAGCAGUUGUGUAAAACCCGAUUUUCUUGACCCAAAUUCUUCGUGGUGACUAUGACUACGAGGGACAGAACAAAUGGGAGCAAGGCCUGCUUCUUCCUUUCCCAUCAUGCUCUUUCAUGGUUACACCACCAUUGAUGCUUUAUCCAGUCAGGGGACAACAUAAGCUCAGGUUCCCGUGUUAGUUUCACCAGAAAACUAUGCAGACACUCGAUUUUCCCAACAAGACAUACAGCAAGAUAUUGCACAUACCUUCCCUUGGCCUUGGUCUUGUGCUGCUGAUAUGCUUGGCCUCUCCUACCAGUUCCUGCACGGAGCAGGAGAAGGGCUCCCUUCUCCAGUUCCUUGGUGGGCUCUCACAAGAUGGUGGCCUCGCUGUGUCAUGGAAUAAUGGCUCGGAUUGCUGCCAGUGGGAAGGGAUCACCUGCAGCACAGAUGACACUGUUACAGAUGUCUUGCUGGCUUCUAGAAGUCUUCAGGGGCACAUCACACCUUCUCUUGGGAACCUCACUGGAUUGCUGCGCCUCGACCUGUCAAACAAUCUGCUAUCCGGUGGUCUACCGCAGGAACUGGUAUCCUCCAGCAGCAUCCUCAUCGUAGAUGUCAGCUUUAACCGUCUUGGAGGAGAGCUGCAUGAGUUGUCGUCUACCCAUGCCCGGCCACUGAAGGUACUGAACAUCUCGAGCAAUUUGUUUACAGGACAGUUUCCGUCCUCCACAUGGCAGGGGAUGAAAAAUCUGGUUGCACUCAAUGCCAGCAACAACAGCUUUACUGGGCAGCUACCAACUCAUUUCUGUGCCAGCUCGCCAUCCUUGGCAGUGCUCGAACUCUGCUACAACCAAUUCAGAGGGAGCAUUCCCCCACAACUUGGUAGCUGCUCCAUGCUCAGAGUGCUCAAGGUUGGCCACAACCACCUCAGUGGGAGUCUCCCGGACGAACUCUUCAAUGCUACCUUGUUAGAAUACGUCUCCUUCCCCGGGAACAGUUUACAAGGAACACUUGAAGGCUUGCAUUUUGGUAAACUCAGUAAUCUGGGUACUUUUGAUCUUGGAGAGAACAACAUCAGUGGCAAGAUUCCGGAGUCUAUAGGUCAUCUCAGGAGAUUGGAGGAACUCCAUUUAAACAACAACCACAUGUAUGGGGAGCUGCCAUCGAGUCUGACCAACUGCACAAAUCUCAUAACCAUUGACUUCAAGAGCAACAAUUUCAGCGGGAAACUCGCCAAGGUCAAUUUCUCCAACCUAUCCAAUCUAAAAACUAUAGAUCUUAUGUACAACAGCUUCAGUGGCGAAAUUCCAGAAAGCAUCUACUCAUGCAGCAACCUAAUUGCACUGCGUCUGUCUUCCAAUAAGUUCAAUGGCCAGCUGUCAGAAAAAAUAGGCAAUCUAAAGUCCCUCUCAUUCCUAUCACUUGCUAACAACACUCUUACAAAUAUCACAAGUGCACUUCAUAUCCUUAAGAGAUGUAGAAAACUUACAACCCUGCUUAUUGCGUUCAACUUCAGGGGAGAAAUCAUGCCAGAGGAUGACAUGAUUGAUGGUUUUGAAAAUCUUCAGUUUUUUAGUGUCGAUGGAUGCGGAUUGUUUGGACAAAUACCUCAAUGGAUAUCGAAGCUAGCAAAUUUAAAAAUAUUAAUCUUGUCUAACAAUCAACUCACUGGAUCAAUACCAGCCUGGAUCAAAACCCUAAGCAACCUGUUCUAUCUGGGCAUAUCAAACAACAGCCUCACAGGGGGGAUUCCAACAGCCCUUAUGGAUAUGCCAAUGCUAAAUUCAGAUAAGAGUGAAGCCCAUUUAGACCCAAGGGCAUUUGAGCUACCUGUUUAUUAUGGUCCAUCACUACAAUACCGUGUACCUAUUGCUUUGCGUAAUGUGCUAGAUCUAAGCAACAACAAAUUCACUGGUCAAAUCCCCCUCGAGAUUGGUCAGUUGAAAGCCCUCCUUUCACUCGAUUUCAGCUUUAACCACUUGACAGGACAAAUCCCACAAUCAAUAUGCAACCUCACAAACCUGCAGCUGUUAGACUUGUCAAGCAAUAAUCUAACAGGUGGAAUUCCAGAUGCAUUGAAUAGACUGAACUUCCUUUCAGCAUUCAACAUUUCAAACAAUGGCCUAGAAGGGCCAAUUCCAUCUGGAGGCCAGUUUAAUACAUUUCAGAAUUCUAGUUUCCUUGGGAAUCCAAAGCUGUGUGGUCCUAUUCUCACUCAUGAAUGUGGUUCAGAUUCAAUACCUCCAUCCUCCAGAAAAAAACGAGAUAAGAAGGCUGUUUUUGCAAUUGCAUUUGGCGUGUUCUUCGGAGGCAUUGCUAUUCUUUUGUUGUUGGCACGUCUCCUUGUCACAAUCAGGAAGAAGGGUUCUAUGGCAAAACAUAGAAGGGAGAGUAACGAAGAUGUUGAAGCAACUUCAUUCUACUCCAGUUCAGAGCAAACAUUAGUCGUCAUGUGGAUGCCCCAAGGCAAGGGAGAAGAAAGCAAGCUCAAAUUCACUGACAUUUUGAAAGCUACAAACAAUUUUGACAAGGAGAACAUCAUUGGUUGUGGAGGUUAUGGAUUAGUAUACAAGGCAGAGCUACCUGAUGGCUCCAAGCUGGCAAUCAAAAAGCUCAACAGUGAAAUGUGUCUUAUGGAAAGAGAGUUCAGUGCAGAGGUUGAUGCUCUUUCCAAUGCACAACAUGAAAAUAUUGUGCCGCUGUGGGGUUACUGCAUCCAGGGAAACUCAAAGCUCCUCAUAUAUUCCUACAUGGAAAACGGCAGCCUGGAUGAUUGGCUUCAUAACAGGGAUGACGAAGCUAGCUCAUGGCUUGACUGGCCAACUCGGCUGAAGAUCGCGCAAGGAGCAAGCCUUGGCCUUUCCCAUAUCCAUGAUGUCUGCAAGCCUCAGAUUGUCCACCGUGACAUCAAAUGCAGUAAUAUCUUACUGGACAAAGAAUUUAAAGCUUAUGUUGCAGAUUUUGGGCUAGCCAGAUUGAUCCUUCCCAACCAAACUCAUGUUACGACUGAGCUGGUCGGUACUAUGGGUUACAUUCCCCCUGAGUAUGGGCAAGCAUGGGUUGCUACGUUGAGAGGUGAUAGGUACAGUUUUGGAGUAGUCAUGCUUGAGCUGCUCACUGGAAUACGACCUGUCUCAAUCCUAUCAACGUCAAAAGAACUUGUCCCAUGGGUGCUGGAGAUGAGGUCUGAGGGGAAGCAGGUUGAGGUCCUGGAUCCAACACUUCGAGGCACAGGAUGUGAAGAUCAAAUGUUAAAGGUGCUUGAAGCUGCUUCCAAAUGUGUCGACCACAAUCAAUUCAUGAGGCCAACCAUCAUGGAAGUUGUCUCCUGCCUGGCCAGUAUAGAUGCUGACCCGCAGAUGCGAAAAUCAGCCAAGAUACAAUGAACCACUAAACCACACAUGAUAGAUAAUAUUGCAGUUUUGUGCAUGAUGUACAUGUAACUUUCUUAGUUUCAGUAGAACUACUAGUUCUGAUAAUCAGUUUGUUCUGUAUUUCUGCACAGAGCCUAACAGGUUGCCAUCUUGAGCUUUACGUACUUUUUUCAGGAAAUAUUUUGGUAUUCAUCUUCCUUCAGAUCUUUUUUACAAGGACCUUUAGAUGUUUCUGUAUGUAUUAUAUAUGCUUUUAAGUUUCACAAGCAUGAGACAAAGUGUAAACAUGUGAAAUGACUAUCUUGCUUUGUCAGUGAAAGAUUGGAAAUGGUUUUCAUUGGGCAGAUAUUAUGUCUUUCAGCUGUUUUCUCUGGAUCAACGGUUUUAAGAACCGCAGAGUUGGAGCUGAACUACCGAAUUGCCAGCUACAGCAAAUGUUUGGUCGGCCCAAGCCUCAAACAAAUGGAAUGAGAAACUGAGAAUGUAAUACGACUACCAUCUUUGAAAUACAAACUGAAUACUUAGCACGCAGUCACUAGCAGAACACGAGAGGAAUGGUGAUCAGAAGCACCUACGUACCAUGUCCAAAGAUUUAGGCGGCCAAGAAACCACGGGCCUUGCAACGUAGCUAGCCCCUCCGGCGUAGACACAUACGCAUCAGAGGACUUCCCAAGCAUGGUCCAC